CAGGCAGUCGCUAUGAUGCAAGCCAAAUCGCCAGCUCGUUACCCCCGGUCUCCUGCGCCACUACGUAAUCUCCUAGGCAAUCAGACGCAGGAACACCUCUCCGGCCAAGCACUGACACACCUGACCUCCUCCGCAUCCAUCAGGCGGUCUCCCCCCAACCUCUCUUUAUCAAGGAACGCUACCACCGCCCGUCUUUCCAUCCAUCUUCCCAUCCCCAUCCAUUUGUCAGUCGGCAUCGUCAUCCAUCUCCCCACCGUCGUUGUUCCAACAACUCGGCUCUCCAGCUAGUUGUCGUGGCCCCCGCCUCACUCCUCCCCAGCCUGCCAGCCGAUCGCCCUCGUGCGUCGCCCACCAUGAAGGGUGCUCUGCUGACUGCAGCCGUGCUGCUCGGCUCCGCCCAAGGCGCCGUCCACAAGCUGAAGCUGCAGAAGAUCCCUCUCGCUGAACAGCUUGAGUCGGUGCCCAUCCAGACCCAGCUCGAGCAUCUCGGCCAGAAGUACAUGGGACUCCGGCCGAAGCAGUCCCACGCUAGUGCUGUGUUCAACGGCAUGCCCGUCGAGGUCGAGGGCAACCACCCGGUUCCCAUUUCCAACUAUAUGAACGCUCAAUAUUUCUCCGAAAUCACCCUCGGAACGCCUCCCCAGUCUUUCAAGGUGGUCCUGGACACUGGCAGCUCCAAUCUUUGGGUUCCAUCCGUCGAGUGCGGGUCGAUCGCGUGCUACCUGCACUCCAAGUACGACUCGUCGGCGUCUUCCACCUACAAGAAGAAUGGAACCUCGUUCGACAUCCGCUACGGAUCGGGCAGCCUGAGCGGCUUUGUCUCGCAGGACACGUUGAGCAUCGGCGACAUCACGGUGAAGGGUCAGGACUUCGCUGAGGCCACGAGCGAGCCUGGUCUCGCCUUCGCCUUCGGCCGCUUCGACGGCAUCCUGGGUCUCGGCUACGACACCAUUUCCGUCAACGGCAUCGUCCCGCCCUUCUACAAGAUGGUAGAGCAGAAGCUCGUCGACGAGCCCGUCUUUGCCUUCUAUCUCGCCGACACCAACGGCGAGUCCGAGGUUGUCUUUGGCGGCGUCGACAAGGACAGGUACAAGGGCAAGAUCACCACCAUUCCGCUGAGGCGCAAGGCAUACUGGGAGGUUGACUUCGAGUCCCUCUCGUACGGCGACGAUACGGCCGAUUUCGAGAACACGGGCGCCAUCCUGGAUACCGGCACUUCUCUGAUCACCCUGCCCAGCCAGCUCGCCGAGAUGCUCAACGCCCAGCUCGGUGCUAAGAAGAAUUUUGCCGGACAGUAUGUGCUCGACUGCAGCAAGAGGGACUCACUCGAAGAUAUCACCUUCAACCUCGCCGGGUACAACUUCACCCUGGGGCCCCAAGACUACAUCCUGGAGAUCAGCGGCAGCUGCAUGUCGACGUUCACGCCCAUGGACUUCCCCGCGCCCACCGGGCCGCUGGCCAUCCUGGGUGAUGCAUUCCUUCGGAGGUAUUACUCUAUCUAUGACCUCGGUGCCAACACCGUGGGCCUCGCCGAGGCGAACUAAGGAGCCCAGUUCAGGAGCUGGAGGCGAUAGGGGUCGGGAAUCCGGGUCUAUGCCUUUAGGCUGUAUGCGGUACCUUUGUCUGUUCGGGGGUUGGCUUUUCCUUACCUGACGUAUCUGUUUAACAACACACGGUGACAAUGCUGCGCUUUUCUGGAUUUCGGUGUCUAUUUGGUGC